UGUGGGAGGCAGCGGGCCUGGGGUGCCCCUCGUGACUUGCCAGAAAUGCGCUGCUCUCCUGCCAAGAGCAAACAUCGUCAUCCUCACAAAUGGUUAACCUGCCGGGAGCUGCACAGCACUAAUGACUUCACAUCCAUUUAAUCAGCUUGGGCUUCCAGAGCCUCCACCUCAGGAGCAGGGAAGGCCGUGCACCCGUGCACUUGGGGUACCCAUGCUCCCAAAGCUGCACCCCUGCCUUAGCAAUCAUUAAUCACCCCGGGCCGAGAAGGAGCAAGCGGCAAGCAGGAAAAGGCCGGGCAUCCAGAGCCCCUGGGGAGCAGCAGGAAGCAGCGCUGACCGGUUCCCUGGGGUGGCAGCUCAUUCUCCGACCACCCUCCCCUGGGAGGCCCUGUGGAGGUGGCCGGUCCUGCACGCACUGCCCUUUCCUUCGGGAAGGUCACUCGGUCCAGGGAGCGAGAGGCUCUGCCUGUUUCUAGGAGCUGCUGGGCUGUGCCUGAGCUGGGGGCUCUGAAGAGGAGUUUCUGCCUGGCUGUGCCACGGUUUCACCUCUUCACCAUGCAGCACAAGGCGUUUUGGAGUGCCCUGGAAUAUACCUGCCGACUGCUGGGCAUCUCCACCGCAGCAGUGCUGAUCGGUGUGGGCGUAGAAACUCUGCAGAGAGGACAGUUCAAAAGCCUGGCUUUCUAUCUGCUUUUUUCAGGGGUUGCAGUUACUGUCUGUGAAGGCUUCUUCUUUAUCAGUUUGCUCCUGGAGAUGUGCUUCACUCACAAGUCUGAAUCCCUGGUGCAGGCCUGCUGGAAGAAAGCUAGAUGCCCAGGGAGCUUCCAGAAAUUCCUGGGGUACACGCUGCUCUCAGUGGCUUGCUUCCUGCAUCCCGUCCUCGUCUGGCAUGUCACCAUCCCUGGGUCCAUGCUGGUGCUCACUGCCCUGGCCUACUUCCUGCUGAGCAAGAGGAGGAAGAGCCCAGGGCACAAAGAGAUGCAUCCCCAGGCAGGUCAGUACGUGGACCCUUCAGCCACCGAGGCAGCCCCAACCAUCAUUGGUGACACGGAGCAGACGUACACCUUCCACGGGGCCCAGAGGGAGCAGCCCCGCUCGCUUCUGGGCCAUAUGAAGAGCAUCCUGAAGGGCAGCAAGGACAGGAGCUCAGCCCCAGAAACUCCUGUCCAGCCCACAGCAGUGCCAGCCCCUCGCAAGCAAGUGCACUUCCAGGAGAAGGUGGUGCAGAUCAUCCCCUCUGUCAGCGAGAACUUGGAGGAUGUGGAGAGUGAGGCUGAGGAGACCACAUCAGACACAACCCCCAUCCUCACCCCACCUGAUGCCCCCAUCAUCAUCGCCCCUCUCAGCUCUGCCGGCCUCUUUUGAGCCCUCAGCAGCAAUGAGGACAGGACAGACGUGCUCUCCUGGAACAGAUGCUCCAGCAGCCGAAGGGCCCCAGGAGAUGGCCCUUUCUGCCUUCUGUACUUUCGGGGUGACAGCUGUGCCACCCCCUCUCCAGGGGCUGUGUGGCGCGUUGUGGCAGGCCCAGGGGACAGGCGGCGGCUCAGCCAGGCCGGUGCUGGCACGGCGAGGUCUGUGCUCACACAGCCUCGCUGGUGUCCCUGGUGUUCGGCAGGACACACCCUGCGGCGCUGCUGCCUGCCACCACAGCCGUGCUGGGCUCUGUGCCUCCCUGCUGGCAGCGGCACGCAGCAGGAGGGGACACCUCCAUGCCCCGGGGACACCUCCAUGCCCCGGAGCAGCCUCUGCUGGGCCGCUCGUGUCCCUCUGGCCCUCUGGCACACGGCAGAGCUCAGGGCCGGGCCGCGUUCAGCACGGGCACUGCAGCCCCCUCACAGCGCCUGCAGCCGCCGCAGCAGCUCGAGACAUUUAGAGCUGGCUGAACCAAGCACAGCCUGGCACUGGCACCUGCUCAGCACCGCCCCAGGCACCCUCCGAGCCCAGCAGGGAAAUCAUCUCUGGCCUUGGGGACACCUAAGCAGGAGCAGAGGCCUUCCGAGUGUCCCCUUCUUGGACAGCCCCCUUAAAUUAGAGGAACUUUGGGAUACUAUGGCAGCCCAGGCCCUGAGGUUCAGCACCACGCUAGCACAGCAGACUGUGGGUAACUCCAAUGUGUGUAAUUAUGGCCCCCAGAUGGCAAAGGCAAUAAUAAAAUUACAAUACACCAGUUUCUUCCAUGCCAGCUCUUCCCUGAACCCCUUCACCCUGGUUUAAUCCUGGCAUAAUUUCUGCCGUUUAAGGACCAUUCAGGCAUAAUCAAGCACUUCCCUCUUAUUCAGCCACCCCCUGAGGACAUGUGGGAAGAGCUCAGGUGGCUGGGUUCCUUGGACAUGGCUAAGCCAUGCUGUCGCUGCUGCUGGGAUGAAAAGCUAUAACUGCUUUGAGCCCAGACACACAGCACUGGGGGGAUGUGAUGGUAAGUGAUGGUGAUUAGAGAAGGUCCCUGGGACCAGCAACACUAUUUUGUAAGGUAGAAGCCAGUUAGCUGGCUGUUUUUCCUGUAAAUACAUUAUUUCUUCUACUUAAGAUCUCAGCUUUCCAAGAGGCAAUCACGAUGUUCAUUUAGGGAGGCAGUGUAGGUCACAGUGUAAUCAGAAGGUAAUU